CACAGUGAUCACAGUUCACACCUGCAGUGAAGCCCCUCCCACAACAAUUCACCAAUAAAUACUGGGAAUAUUCCCAUCAUCCUACAAGAGAAGGACAAACUCCAGGAGUAGCAGCUGAAAUCUGUGUGACUGUUAAAGAUGGAGUUUAUUAAAGAGGAGAUUGAAAACAUGAGUGAUCCAGAACCAUCCAGAAUAAAACAUGAAGAUACAGAGGAACAAAUAGACCAGGUGAGAGUGAAAGAGCAAAGACAAGAACUGAAUGAAGUGGAGGAGGAACAUCAUAACUUUACAAUUCAAAGAACAAAAGCCAAAAAGACGCACACCUGCACUCAGUGUGGAAAGAGUUUCACACGGAAAGGAACCCUUAACACACACAUGAGAAUUCACACUGGAGAAAAGCCAUUUGACUGUGAUCAGUGUGGUAAAGAUUUUAUUUCAUCAUCAAAACUAAAACACCACCUGAAAGUUCAUUCAGAUGAGAAGCCUUAUGUGUGUUCUCUCUGUGGAAAGAGUUAUCCACGGCUGGACAGUUUUAAACUGCACCAGAAAACACAUAAUGAAGUGAGAGAUCAUGUGUGUUGUGACUGUGAGAAGAGCUUUACUAGACCUGACUAUCUGAAACUGCACCAAAGAAUUCAUACUGGAGAAAAACCUUACAAGUGCUCAUAUUGUGACAAGAGUUUUGCACGGUCUCCAUCUCUGAAAUCACACGAGCGACUUCAUACUGGAGUGAAGUCGUACUACUGUACUCAGUGUGAGAAGAGUUUCAGACAUUCAAGUAAUCUAGUGGCUCAUAUUAGAAAGCAUUGUUCUGUGUCACAGCAGAUUGUGGUGGAUCCAAGUGUUCUCUCAAUUGAUGAGGAAGAUGGAGAAGCAUUUUGUGAGGAAUUUCCUUAUCUCCAUGAUGACAGUGAUUCAUCCGAUGAAGACUGA